AUGUAUUCUAGCAGUUAUUUGUUACGGCCCAACUGGCACAGAGACCUGGUGCGCGUGUGUGAGAACAUCCCCAUUGUGCUGUGUGGCAACAAGGUGGAUAUCAAGGACAGGAAAGUGAAGGCAAAAUCCAUUGUCUUCCACCGAAAGAAGAAUCUCCAGUACUAUGACAUUUCUGCCAAAAGUAACUACAACUUUGAGAAGCCCUUCCUCUGGCUUGCUAGGAAGCUCAUUGGAGACCCCAACCUGGAGUUUGUUGUCAUGCCUGCUCUCGCCCCGCCAGAGGUGGUCAUGGACCCGGCAUUGGCAGCGCAGUAUGAGCACGACCUAGAGGUUGCUCAGACGACCGCCCUCCCGGAUGAGGACGACGACCUGUGAGGAAGCGAGGCUGGAGCCCGGCGUCAGAAGUCUAGUUUUAUAGGCAACUGUCCUGUGAUGUCAGCGGGGCCACGUGUGGGCCAUCUUCUUGUCUAGCUAAACAGAACAUGUGCUUCAUCUGUGGGAUGCAGGAGAUGAGUGGGCUUGGGUGAAUGUAGCAGUUAACAAACACCCUGGUCUGUUGGACCUGCGGAUUAGCUGUUGGGAAUGCAAUGGUCUUCUCAAGUUUCCAACACAAGACUGCUAGCAGUCAUGU